UGUCAGGACAUAGACCGACAAAUGCGGCGCAGCCUUCAGUCCGCUCAGUCGUCCACAGUCCCCGACCCGCGGAUUUACAAUCAACUAUUCCCACAUAUUUCUGCCCGGGGAUUCCCACCUCUGCCAUCCGUAUAUAUUCUAAAUAUGAGGUGGUUUGUGUCUCCAAACAUGGUCUAGCUGAAGUGUCUGAUCCGUGAAGCCGCAGCAGCUCGGUAGCACUGAGCCAGGAUGUCCAGUAGCUCGGGCUACCCCCCCAGCCAGGGGAGCUUCAGCAGUGAGCAGAGCCGAUAUCCUUCCCAUUCUGUCCAGUACACCUUUACUGGCACACGUCACCAACAGGAUUUCACCAUCCCAGACUAUCGGACUCACAUGCAGGAUCCACAGGGUCGGAGAAGACCAUCUUUACUCUCUGAAUUCCACCCUGGAACUGAAAGGCCUCCAGAGAGACGCCAUGGUUACGAACAGCAGUUUCAUUCCAUCACAGCCCAGGCUGAUCAUGAGGCAUUGGAGUCUAAACGCCCUCGCAUGGAGACUCUUGCUGAGGCUCACCUUAACCGAACCCCUUCCACUGCUGGGGGUAUUGUCCUGCCCAUGCCUCAUACACUACACGACAGCCUCAGAGCCACUGUGGAAGUCAAAAAGGAAUCUCAGUUCACUGUCAAAGUGGAGUCCCCAUCCCAGGGAGGACAUACACUACACAUGGGGGAAGAUCAAGACAAUUCUCCUUCCAAACUAUCCAAAGAGGAGCUGAUCCAGAGUAUGGACCGUGUGGACAGGGAGAUUGCUAAAGUGGAGCAGCAGAUUUUCAAGCUGAAGAAAAAGCAGCAACAACUGGAGGAGGAAGCAGCAAAGCCAAUGGAGCCAGAAAAGCCAGUGACCCCUCCCCCAGUGGAGCACAAGCACCGCAGCAUAGUCCAAAUCAUCUACGAUGAGAACAGGAAAAAAGCUGAAGAAGCCCAUAAAAUUUUGGAAGGUCUUGGUCCCAAAGUUGAGCUGCCCCUGUACAAUCAGCCAUCAGACACAAAGGUGUACCAUGACAACAUCAAGACCAACCAAGUCAUGAGGAAGAAGCUGAUUUUGUUUUUUAAGCGGAGAAAUCAUGCUCGUAAACAAAGGGAACAGAAGAUCUGUCAGCGCUAUGACCAGCUGAUGGAGGCUUGGGAGAAGAAGGUGGAUCGAAUGGAGAACAACCCCAGACGCAAAGCCAAGGAGGGCCGAACACGGGAGUACUAUGAAAGACAAUUCCCGGAGAUCCGCAAGCAGAGAGAGCAGCAGGAGCGCUUCCAGAGGGUUGGACAAAGAGGGACGGGCCUUUCUGCAACAAUUGCAAGGAGCGAGCAUGAGAUUUCUGAAAUCAUAGAUGGCCUUUCUGAGCAGGAGAACAAUGAGAAACAGAUGAGACAGAUGUCAGUCAUCCCUCCCAUGAUGUACGACUCUGAGCAGAGGCGAGUCAAGUUCAUCAACAUGAAUGGACUGAUGGAUGACCCAAUGAAGGUGUACAAAGCCCGGCAGUUCAUGAAUGUUUGGACAGAACAUGAAAAGGAGAUAUUUAAGGAGAAGUUUGUCCAACACCCCAAGAACUUUGGCCUGAUUGCCUCCUAUCUAGAGAGAAAGUGUGUUGCCGACUGUGUCCUAUAUUACUACUUAACCAAGAAGAACCACAACUACAAGACGCUGGUGAGGCGAAAUUAUGGAAGACGGAGAGGAAGGAACCAGCAAAUAACACGUCCCUCACAAGAAGAGAAGACAGACGACAAAAACGAAGAGGACAAAUCUGAGAAGUCCGAGAAAAAAGAGGACGAGGAAAAGAAGGACGAGGAAGAGAAAGAUGAAAAGGAGGAUUCUAGGGACAUUGGCAAGGACAAAGACAAGUGUGACGGUGGGGAGGACGAGGACGGAAAGGAGCAAAACACGCCGCGUGGCAGGAAGACUGCCAACAGCCAGGGCCGUCGUAAGGGGAGAGUCACCACACGCUCCAUGGCCAAUGAGGCUGCAACUGUGGCGGCUGAGGAAGGACCUCCCUCUGCCUCUGAUCCUGCCUUACCAGAUCCUCCACAGCUCCCGAAAUCUGAUCCAGCACAGAAGGCCAUGAAGGAGGGUGCAAAAACUCCAGUGUCUGCCAUGGAUGCUAAUAAAGCUGGUGCUGCUGAAACCGGAGAAACUUCUCGCUGGACCGAGGAGGAGAUGGAGGUCGCCAAAAAAGGGCUUGUUGAGCAUGGGCGAAACUGGACAGCCAUUGCCAAAAUGGUGGGCACCAAAAGUGAGGCACAGUGCAAGAACUUCUACUUCAACUACAAGAGACGCCACAAUCUGGACAAUCUGCUCCAGCAGCAUAAGCAAGAUACAAGGCGGGCUCGUGCUGAUAGGUCUCAAGGUGAAGGUCUAGCCACAGCAUCACCUGAUGAUGAUGAGGACAAUGCAGAUGAUAGUGAAGGUGGUGACAACAGCUCAGAUACAGAGAGCGCCCCCUCCCCCUCUCAGGCUGACUCCUCAAAGUCUGGUGACUCCAAGAACGCUGCAGGAGAUGCUCACUGCUCUGACCAGGACAAAGGUCAGGCCAGCAAUGGAAAAGCCCAAGAGACCUCAUAUGGGGAACUUUGUGUCAAGGAAGAGAAAAGUCCAGAGAGUGAGACUGGAUCUCUGGAGGAAAGGUCCAGGGUGGCUCCCUAUGCUGGCUCAGUACAUCCCAAAACUGAACCUCAGGAUGUGGACAUGAAGACCGGAGAGGUUCAGGUGAAGAUGGAGCCUGAGAUGAAGGAAAAAGGAGAAAAAGGUGAUCAUGGCGAGAUGCAAAGGGAUCUCCAUUCAGAUAAUGACUCCAGUGCCACCUGCAGUGCUGACGAGGAUGUGGAAGCAGAGCCUGAAAGACAGAGAAUAUUCUCCAUGGACAAGCCUUCACUGCUCAACCCGCCAGGCUCGGUGCUGGUGUCCUCACCCAAGCAAGUGCAGCUCAACAUCCAGCAGCUGCAACAGAGGGCAGCUGCCAUCCCACCUAUGUUGCCCGGUCCUUUUGGUCCUGGUGGCGUGCCCAUCAGUGGUUUUGCCAUGUUGCAACACCAGAUCAAAGCGGUGCACGAUUCUGCCCACCAGGAGGAGAAGCAGAGGCAGGAUCAGGGAGAUCUGGAUCGCAGACCACCUUUCAACACACGCAGCCCCACCAUGCUUGACAGAGAUGGUAAGCUCUUAUCCUACUUGCCUUAUGACAUGAAGCUGGCUCUGGACCAGGAGGCCCACUCUGGUCUGCCAGGCUCUCCCUACAGACUCUCUCCCAGGGAGCUGAGCAGGGCCUCACCCCAGCCUGACCCCAACGCCCCCAGUGCCUCCCGCUACAGUGUGCCGCCAGUCCUUCACCCUGCUCCCAACCAGCUGGUCCAGAGUAUGACAGAUGGAGUUCGGGUGACAUUCAGCAGAUCCAGUCGACCUCCCAACAUUCCCUCUCCUCCUCCUCUCAUUCCAACCACCAAGCCCACGGACAAGCCGUCCUUCAUCCAAGGAGGCUCCAUCUCCCAGGGAACUCCUGGCACAUACCUCCCCCCCCAUGCUGUCUAUGGGCCAGAGGGGAAUAAGAGCGCCGUGGGCUCCAUUUCUCUUGGUCUGCCUCGGCAGCAGGAUCCCAGCAAACCUGGCGGUGCAGUUACAUCCAUACAGGAUGGCAGAUGCAACCCAGCAAAGGUAGGCGAGGGUCUGACUUACAGAGGAUCAAUUACUCAGGGCACACCAGCCCUGCCCCAGCCCAGCAUUGCUGCUGACCUCCUGAAGGGCACAAUCACAAAGCUGGCCACAGAGGACCUGAACAUCCCAGACAAAUCCAGAGGAGAACAGCUGGCUAAAGGUCAUGUCAUUUACGAAGGCAAGAGUGGUCACAUCCUCUCAUUUGAUGCUAUCAAGAACCCCAGGGAAAACACCCGCAGCCCCAGAACAGGCCAUGAGAUGAAACGCUCUUACGACAUGAUGGAGGGACCCAUGGGCAGGGGCCACACCGGCAGGGAAGGAGCGCCAUUCGAGGGUUUAAUUAGCAGAGCCUUGCCCAGAGAAGGAAUCCAUGGAGAUUCUAAGGAACGACCAAUGAUGACUGGAUCCAUCAUGCAAGGAACACCUAGAACUGCUGCAGAGACUUAUGAAGAUGCCAUGAAAUAUGGAAAACAGAUCAAGCGAGAGAGCCCACCAAUCCGGUCCUUCGAAGGGGGUAUUGGCAAAGGCAAGCCCUAUGAGGGUGUGAAUACUAUCAAAGAAAUGGGACGUUCUAUUCACGAAAUCCCCCGGCAAGAACUGUCUGGCCAGGACCUCUGCAAGACCCUUGACAUGUCAGACAGGAGGGUUAUGGAGGGAUCCAUAUCUCAGAUUCACCCUCACAACCAGACGACUAUCAAGCACGUCAAGUCCCUCAUCACCAGUCCCUCCAAGCUUCCCCACAGCAUGCCUCAACUUGAGGCCAUGGAACGAGCCAAAUACGAGGAGAGCAAGGCAGUACGCCACACCUCUGUGGUCAACUCUACCACCUCAGUCCUUCGCUCCACACACCAGGAGGCGGGCAAAUCGCAGCUCAGUCCAGGCAUGUACGAGGACGCCAAUGCUCGCAGGACCCCUGUCAACUACAGCACGAAUACCGCAUCCAGAGGUUCACCUAUGCUGGGACGUGGUGCUGAAGGUGGAAUGAGCUCUGUGAAAUCUGCUGCACAUGAAAGAAAGAGUGCCAUGACCCCAACACAGAGGGACAAUGUCCCAGCAAAGUCCCCUGUGUCGAGUGGUGACCCUGUAGCCACUCACAGCCCCUUCGACCCCCACCACCGGCCCGUUGUUCCUGGGGAAGUUUACCGACCCCACCUGCCUCCACAUCUUGACCCAACCCUGGCCUUCCACAGAGUGAUGGAUCCAGCAUUCAUGUUCGCCAGGCAGCCGUCACCAACAAACUACCACAACACCUACCAGCUGUACACCAUGGAGAACACGCGGCAGACCAUCCUCAACGAUUAUAUCACUUCCCAGCAGAUGCAAGUCAUUCCUCGGCCUGACAUGACCCGGGGAUUGUCACCGCGGGAACAGCCUGUCGCUAUCCCUUACCCAACUGGAGCACGAGGGAUUAUUGAUCUAGCCCAGAUGCCUGCAACUAUCCUGUUGCCUCACCCUGGGGGAACAGGUGCUCCCACUUUGGAACGCACCGCCUACCUCCCCGGAGCUCAGCCCCCUUUCAAUCCUAGGGCUUUCAACCCAAUCUCCAUAUCGCCAGGUCACCAAGCCCAUAUUGCGGCCACUGCUGCCGCCAGUGCAGAGAGGGAACGGGAGAGGGAGCGUGACCGGGAGCAGCAGGAGAAGGAGAGGGAGAGGGAGCAGCGUGAAAGGGAGAGGGAACGGGAGCGGGAAAUGAGAGAACGAGAGCGGGAACGAGAGCGGGACCGGGACCGGGAGCGAACCAAUGAAUACAUGCGUGGAAGUGGACAAGAACAACCGGGCCGGCCAGGGAGUCGAGGUUAUCUGCACUCCCCUUCUCCCUCCCUCAGGACACAAGACGUAGUAAUUCAACAACGGCCGAGCAUUUUCCAGGGCAAGAGUGUCAUCACCUCUCUAAUGCCUCAUUCAGCAGCAGCAACAGCAGCAGCACAAAGUAACUCUCGCUACAGUACUGCCGCUGAUGCUCUGGCUGCAUUGGUGGAUGCUGCAGCCUCUGCUCCACAGAUGGAUGUGUCCAAGGUGAAGGACAACAAACAUGAUCGGGAUGAUGAAAUGUCAUCAGCAGCUGCUGCUCGGCGAGCAGCCGAACAGCAGCAACAGGAGGCAGAAAGACGAUCCAUGCAGUCACCAUAUGGUGCUAUGUCUCUGCCGGGAGGUAAGCCCCAUCCAUCUUAUGCUGAGGGCCCUGGCGUUGGAGCUAAGGAUAAAGGACCUCAAACCUCAAAGUCACGUAUCGAAGAGGAGCUUCGGACCCGUGGAAAAACGACUAUCACAGCCGCUAGCUUCAUUGAUGUCAUCAUCACACGGCAGAUAGCAUCUGACAAAGACUCACGAGAGCGAGGCUCUCAGAGCUCUGACUCCUCUAGCAGCUUGUCAUCUAAUCGUUAUGACAAUACCAGUGGAGGAGCCAUUGAGGUGAUCAGUCCUGCUACUUCCCCAGUCCAGAUCCAACAGGACAAACCAGAAGAUGGGCAACAACAGUCAGCAGCUGGCAUACGGGCCUAUGACAUGAGUCGUUACCGACCAUCAGUGGAGCCACAACCCAGUUCCCAGCAGCCCCCCUCCUCCCAGGCAGAUAACUACUCUCAGGUCCAUAAGACUCACAGAGUCAUGACCUUGGCAGACCACAUUUCGCACAUCAUAACCCAGGACUUUGCCCGGAAUCAGGACCCUGCCCCGGUUUCUUCCUCAGCUUCUUCAACAUUCCAGAGCGUGGUGCCAUCUGUGUCCUCUUCAGGUCGCCCCAAGGUGCCCAGCCGCUACAGUCCUGAGAACCAGGUCCAGGCCCUACACCACCAAAGACCCUCCAGUAGAGUUUCACCAGAGAAUGCUCCUGACAAGCCCAGAUCCAGGCCGGGUAAGUCUCCAGAGCGAGGAGGCAGGCUGAUGGAGAACUACGAACCCAUUUCUCCACCACAGAGCUACCAAGUCAUGGACAAGCAAGAGGCUGCUGGGCCACCUCCACCUCAGAGGCGAGAUGCUGACAACUCUGAGAUCAGGAAUGACUCAAGGUCCCCGGGCAGUGUAAGCUAUCAUCCUUCCUUCUUCACUAAGCUGGAGAACACCUCGCAAAUGAUGAGAUCCAGGAAGCAGGAGAUCUUUCGUAUGUUGAACUCCUCUGGUGUCGGUGAUUCUGAUGUUGGAAAUGCGCAACCAGGCACAGAGAUUUUUAACUUGCCUGCUGUUACCAGCUCCGGGAGCAUCAACCCAAGGAAUCACUCCUUCAGUGAUCCAGCGAGUAACCUGGGCCUGGAGGACAUAAUCCGCAAGGCGUUGAUGGGUAACUUAGAGGAAAGACAGGAGGAGCAACAGGGAGGUGCAGUGGCUCAGUGUCCUAUCAACAACAUACCCAGCACAGGCAGUGAUGCCCGCCAGGAGGCAAACCCAUCACCCAGUAUGGUGAAGCAGAAGCAGGGCAAAGCCAACAGCCGGAAAUCCAAGUCACCUAAUCUUGGUCAGGCCUACGCUGGAGGGGAACGUCCCUCUUCAGUGUCCUCCGUCCACUCAGAGGGAGAUUAUCACAGACAAGCCCAACCCCAACCCCAGUGGAGUUGGGAUGACCGACCCUCGUCCACAGGAUCCAUGCAGUUCCCUUACAACCCACUGACCAUGCGCAUUCUUAGCAACACGCCACCAACCUGCAUAGCCUCACCCUCCAUACAGAGCCAGCAGCAGCAGCAGCAGCAGCAGCAGCAGCAACAGCAGCAGCAGCAGCCGCCGCCGCCUCCGACCGGAGCCCCUGUGGCCCAGCAGCGCGUUUGGCAGUCUCUGCUCUCAGAGCAAUAUGAGACCUUGUCUGACAGUGACGACUGAGCCCUGCUUGCAGCAGCUCCAAUAACCACAAGAGACACCUGCACUGAGGCUUGUCUGUUCACCCCCUCUCCCAGAACUAACCUUGCUCGCUGGCAAGUGUGACAUGUUGAUGGAGUGGUGUUAUUUUUUUAAUUUUGGUGCUAUGGCGCCCUCUGGCUGUUUGCUGAGAGUACGAGCAGCAGCCUGUGACAGGCAGGGUUCUCCAGAACGAGACUGGCUUUUGGUCCGGAAGCACUCACCCAGCCUGUCUGGAAAGUAAACAAGACUAGACUGAGGGGAUGACUUGAGCUAUAGUAAAGAUGAAGAAGUUAAUAUGUAAAAAGAAACAACAUAAGAGAUUAUUUCUGGAUUUUUUUUGAUUUCUGUAAGAUAUACUUUGUCUUUAAGAAAAUCAUUGUAUGUAAAUAGAGUAACCUUUUGCAGUGUUUUUCUUACCUUGAUUAUUACUUAUUUUAAUGUCGCUUUUAAAUUGAUCCACUUUAAACAGAAAGAGUAGGGGUUUAAUCUUUGAUAUCACAGUUGGUCUCUCCCAGUCCAUCUCCACCCCCAUGUCACCUGACCCCUAUUUUAAUAUUCUCACCAUAGCGACGCUAAGAGAGACCAGACCUGUGCUUUGUACUUGACCAUGAGUGGAGCAGUGAUUGUGCUGCCCUGCUCCAUCUAUCAAGCACCACCAGAGCCUGAAAAUCGCAAAUAUUCACGGACAAGACAAAACACAGACUAACAUUUCAAACCGCUUCAAUAUCUGACGCCUGUCUUCGCCACACAGUGAAGAUGAUGUAUGGAUCGUAAUUAUCAGAUGUUAGAUGUUAACUUCUGAAGAGACAGAAAAAGGUCUUCAAAGGUUAAGAACACUGGUGUUAUAGCAGAAAAGUGAAAGGUCUGAUAUAAGCUUCAUUUAGCCAGAAAAAGUAUAUCGUCAUGACUACUCCUGGUUCCAGUCUGAAUAACGAAAGUGAGCCAAUGAGUAUUUUUUUUUCCAAUAGAGUUGACCAUGGUGUGACACAUGUUGCUGUCUCUCUCUGCAGUUUCCAGCCUGUCCAGAAUGAUCUGCUCUGCAAUGUUGUCAUGGUAAAAAACAGUUAAGUUUGUCAGGAACCUUUUUUUCUUUGGACAGUUUUGCCAUGCCGUGUGACUUGAGAAAGAAGGCAGCUUUAAGUAAUUUUCUCAGAGAUAUACGUUGGUGUUUGAUGUUUGUAUUUGUUUCUGUAGUCCCUUUUUUUUUUAUACUAUCCUGACAAAAAUCUGAACUCUGUAAAUUGUCUUUCCGUUACACAAAAAGACAAAAACUAACCAAACAUAAAGAAUGGUCUGCACCAUUGUUGCACUUUUUUGCUUUGUAGCUUUUGACAACAAAGAGCAUACUACCUGCUGUGUAACUUAUUCAUCCUCCAGCACAGGAGUAUACUAAGAUGUGCUUUAAGGUUUUUUUCCCACAACUCACAGAAAUCUGGAUGUUUUGACUUCCUGUCUUUUCUUGUAGCUGGUACAUGAGUUUAUAGUGUGACACUUGCAUCACAGUUACAGUUUUAUUAAGUGUAUGGUACUGUUAAAUGUUUAGGAGUUUGCUGUCAUGGUAAUUCAAAACCAUGAUCACUUAAUCUCUGCUUUCAUUGUGUCAAUCAACAGGCUUAAAGCUUAGAAUAUUAAUUAUACUUGGUCAACAUCAUAAAUGGCAGUAACGUUCCUUUGCAAGUCUUUUUAUCUUAGAUAUGUGAAAGAAAUACCAUAUUUUUGGCUUUUUCUACUCUCACUUUGCUCAGUCAACUAAUCAGUUCCGCUCUAAACUUGAUAUUUUGUUUCUUCCUUUUACUCUGAAUCAUUUGUCUUUGCACAUGUUCAGAUUUUUAUUUCCUGUAAUUUUCAACAUCUUUGUUAUUCAUCCUGUCUAGACGGGAUGCUAUGUGUUUACAAAGGCAAUGAAAAAAAAGAGUUUACAAACUUGAAUCUUAAAGAAAAUCCGACAUGAAGCCGAAAAAGAAUUGGAGCAUCUUUUCAGCUCUCUAUCAAACACACAGUGGUGACUUUUUUGUCUUUUGGAAAUUAAGACUUGAAAAACCCGUGUAUCCUAUGAUGUUGAAAUGCAAUGUUUGUAUCGCACAAUGUCUCUUAGUAGGCUAUUACAAGAGUUCAGACCAAUCAAAUAAAGUGGAUCAGUUCUCCACCACUGAAAAA